AUGGCAAUUACAUGUCCAAGACGUGGGGAAUGCUGGGAGUGGGCGAGGGUGUACAUAAACUACUGUAUUUGCAGCGCAAGAGAUGAAGGCUCGUUUGCUUUGGGUUUGAUCAGUAUCAUAAGUUGGAGCGUCGCUGAAAUCCCUCAGAUUAUCACCAACUAUAAGGAGAAGUCGGUUGAGGGCUUCUCCCUCGGUUUCUUGAUCACUUGGAUUGUUGGGGAUCUUUUUAAUCUUUUCGGUUGUAUUCUUGAACCGGCUACGCUUCCGACGCAAUACCAUAUGGCAGUUUUGUAUACAAUGACUAGCUCAAUUCUUGCGGCCCAGACUGUGUACUAUGGUCACAUUUAUCCUCGAUUAAAGUUCAAAGGAGUGUGCCACAAGGGCUCCAAAGAGCACCAACCUGAGGCGGUGGAAAAAGUUGGGGAACAGAUUAACAAUCUUGAUGUGAAACAAGUUAUUGAUGCUGACAGAUUAAGUUCUCCUAUUCCUCUACCAGCAAUUAAUGUAAAGAGUUCUCCGGGCAGAGAAUUUUACUACAUGUCAGCAAGAUCUCUAUCAACAAGUCAUACUCCCACAGAAGGAUCCUUCCUUGCACGAAGAAUGACGACUCCUUUUCAUACAAGAAAUUCAGUUGAAGAGCCAUUGCUCAGUGCACAUGUUUCUACCCAGACUGCCUCCCCUCCAAGCACCAAAUCAUUGUUAUGCUUGGUAUCUGCAUUAAUGUUCAUUGCCACAUUUAAUUUCCAGCUCUCAGCAUUUAAUAAACUUCACUUAAAGCCUGAGAUAAUAAAUCAAGGAUUCGCGAUACAAAUAGGAAGAAAGCUUCUCCAGGUAAAUGCUGCGUCAUUAGGAGAAAGUGGCAUUGGAGGAGGCAGCAGGGUUGGAACUUUUCUUGGUUGGGCAAUGGCAGCUAUUUACAUGGGUGGACGCCUUCCCCAAAUUUGCUUAAAUAUUAGAAGAGGCAAUGUAGAGGGUCUGAACCCUUUUAUGUUUGUCUUCGCUUUGGUUGGAAACUCCACAUAUGUUGCAAGCAUACUUGUCAAGAGCACGGAUUGGUCAAGAAUCAGACCAAAUUUACCAUGGCUGGUGGAUGCAGGAGGAUGCGUGCUGCUUGAUAUUUUUAUACUGAUUCAGUUCUUAUACUUCUGCUAUUGGGCACCUCAAGAUGCAGAGUAUAAGCAUGAAAACUUGAAUGCAUCUUAA